CCCCCAACCACGUCCAUACAGCUCCUCUCCAAUCGGCACACCGCCUGCAUCUUCGGCUCCCUCGUCCCUCCCCGCACCAUCCACCUCAUCUCGCACUGCACCCGCCAUGGCAACGGGCUGAAUGCAUCCUGCAGUGGACGGACGGUCAGCAUCUCCUGCUCCAUCCCGAGUCGAACUGAGAAUCCGCGCCGGCCGGCCUGAAUGCAUUUUCGUUUAGAACCGAAGAUCCGCGCCGCCACGCAGGAUCCGGAUUUGGCCGUGUUCCCUGGAUGCCACCGUGCUGAGUUCACCGACUGGCUGGCUCAGAUCCACGCAUCCUUAUCAUCGAGAAGACACCCUCCGUGUAGCACCAGAAAUCACAUCGCUGCUGCCGCCGCCUGCAUUUCACGCUCGACCCCACUUUCCCCCGUCCCCGUUUGAGCUCGCCUUGAUUUCUAGCCGCCGCCGCCGCUGUUCCCCACCUCCGGAGCCGUGCCCUCCUCCCGUCAGUGGGGAGAAGCCGCUCCCCAACGGGAUCUCCACCUCUCCGGUGUGGGGAACGGCCACGACCUCUCUUGCCCUGCCCUGUGUCUUGUCCGGAAUUCAUCAGUCAGGCCGUCCCCAAACCUCCGCGUUUGACAAAAGAAUCACCAAUUUUGCUGAGGACAAGUUUAAGAGCGAAGGAAUAGAUCUGAGCUCCGAAGGAACACAUGACCGCUGCUGCAGUGUUGGAGUGCAGUGUCUAUGGUCGUCGAAGCGCUAAAGCCCCUAUAUUCAAAGGCCACCAGAUAUACAACUACACUCUGAAAAUGCCAUUUCUGUCGCUCUAACCGAUGGCGGCCUUUUAUAUGCACACCCAGAUUCAAGAAUUGAUAAAGUAGGCAUCGUGUUGUCUUUGAUGUCAGUUCGCAAGAACAUCUUUUCAUAUCCCAUUACACCGUGCUUUCUUCGCUAUUGCGGAAAUAAAUGAAGAAAUGUUUUGGAGAGGAUGCCAAACAAGAUGAAUGUUCAGCUGUGCAGUCCAGUGAGUUCUUCUCUCAGGCUUGAACAGGGCUUGGACUCAGAUCUGUUUCUGCUUCAGUGUUGUGCUGCAUUAUCUUCGUCAGAGUUCUUCGUGAGGACCAUUCAAGAGAGAUUUGGUUUAUCAAAUUAUACAUCUUUGGAACUCGGAGAACAGAAUGAAGAAGCUUUGGUGUUGCAUUAUCAUCGAGUUCAAAGUUCUCACACUUGGGGCUUUAGCUUCUCAAUUGCAAUAGCAAUUUAUCAUGCUAAAGAUGAUACCGCUAAUGACAUGGAGUGCGGCCACCAUGAACGAGGAAUAAGAGAAUCUGAUUCGGAGGGUGAAGAGUACGACCAUUUGCUGAAUGUUGGUGGUUCCUGUGGGCAAUUGAUUAUCCCAUUUCUGCAGUUACCUCCAUAACAAAAAGUUCAGCAAAGAAUAUUUUUGGAAUGACUCGAUUGAGCAGAUGGUACGCUGCUGAUUUUUCUAUAAUGGAUGACAUGAUAAUGAUGUAUAGGUCGACCAACUUAAGCUAUAGUGGAGAUUUACGAGAUUCCAAUAUUUUCUAGCUCCAGUUUGGAAGCUUAUACUGCAAAUGGAGAAAAUAUACUAUAUAUUUCCAUUUCUAUCUGUCAGAUGUAUUUCCAUUUCUAUCUAUCAAAUGUUACUUUGAACAUUAGGCUCUUUCCUUGAGGUGAGACAUUCAGCAAAUGUAGACAAUGUACUAGAUAUUUCUAUACCUAUGAUCAGAAUGUUACUUUGCACUAUGUUGGAUUGUGUGAAACUUAGGCUGUUUUCUUGAAGCGAUACUUUAGCAGAUGGGAUUGAACUUUUUUCGUUCAAAUUAAUUACUGUGUCCCGGAGCUCAUUUUGCUUUUGGUUGCAGAAUGGGAUACAUAUGCUCUUGUUAGCAUGGACCUGGUUUUACAAUCAACAAACAUUUCAUCCUAUCCAUAGGAGGGAUGGCAAUUUCCUCUAAUACAGAUCUUCACUUCAGUCGCUUGUUCAGUGCAACCAAUGGAAUUCUUUGUAGGCCUCUCCUUGAAAAUUUGUGAGCAGAGCCCAGCAGGAGGAGCUUGUCCAGUUUAGCAUCUGCUGUAAUAAAGAGCACCCAUUUACAUAUUUUCAUGAAAUAAUUUUUGAUUAACUUUGCUAAUGCGAUGCUCAUGACUUCUUGUGAGAUGGAUGUGUUUACGUAUUUAUGGUGCAAGAAAGUCAAAGUGAUUGAUCUUAGCCAUCUUAUGAAGGAUCGGUCUACCCUAUACGUAUUUAUGGUGCAAGAAAGUCAAAGUGAUUGAUCUUAGCCAUCUUA